AUGGCGAGUUUGGAGGAAGCAUUCUCGGUCCUUACCGGCGUGGGCGGCGCAGAUGAAGACGUCAAGGGUGACGAACCUAGGUUUCCGACAGCCCUGGCGGAAGACGAUCUCGAGCUUGCAUUGAUGCCCCCAAAGGCGUCAACCACGUUGCAAUCCCCGGAAGAGAUUCCGGUUGCAAUGGUGGUUGAAGUCAAGGACGGCUAG